AUGGCCUAUAUCGCCCCCAUCCACAGUGCCAGCAGCAUCCGGAAUGCCCUCAAGGCCCAAUUUAUGAAGGCCGGCGAGGACUGCCUGGUCGUCGGGAAAUCGAACCGCCUCGAGAUAUACACCCAAUCCCUCGACGGGCUGGUGCUGCGGCACUCCAAGGCCGUCUACGGCAAGAUCACAGUCCUCCAGAAGCUCUACCGGCCAGAUCCCGCGCAGACCGACCUGCUCUUCAUCGGCACCGAUCGAUGCGCCUACUUUACGGCCAGCUGGGACGCGGACGCCAGCCAGCUGCGGACAGAGCGGAAAUACAUAGAUCUCAGUGACAGCUCCUUGCGCGACGCUCAGAAUGGCGACCGGUGCCUUAUCGACCCGUCUCGCGGCUUUCUCACGCUGGAGGUCUACGAGGGCGUGGUUACGAUCAUCCCGCUGGCGUCAGAGAUACACAGACGGCCCAAGGCUGCGGCGUCAGACCAGUUCGUCGGCUCGCUGGGUGAGCCGUUGCAGGUCAGGAUAGAAGAGCUGCUUGUCCGGUCGUCUGCCUUUCUGGACCAGGAGGCCACGCAGACGCCGCGGAUGGCCCUUCUAUACGAAGACACCCAGGGCAAAGUGAAGCUGAAACUGCGAGACCUCAAAUAUACCCACGCCGUAGUGUCGGGGGACGGGGGCAACGCCGUCGAGCUCAAGGACGUCACCACGCUGUCAGACGAGCUGGAUCUGGGUGCAAGCAUUCUGAUACCCGUUCCGAGACCGCUAGGCGGCCUCUUGAUCCUAGGCGAGUCGUCCAUCAAAUACGUCGAUGUGUCCAGGAACGAGACCAUCUCACGCCCGCUCGCCGAGUCGACCGUGUUCGUCGCCUGGGAGCAGGUUGACGGGCAACGAUGGCUGCUGGCAGACGACUACGGCCGGCUGUUUUUCCUCAUGCUGGUACUGGACGCGGACAACGCUGUCGAGACCUGGAAAGUGGACUUGCUGGGUGAGACCUCGCGUGCUACCGUGCUUGUCUAUCUCGAUGGCGGCGUGGUCUUCAUCGGCUCCCACCAGGGCGACUCGCAGGUCAUCCAGAUCACCGAAGGCAAGUUUGAAGUCAUCCAGACCAUCUCGAACAUUGCGCCCAUCCUAGACUUCACCGUCAUGGACAUGGGUGACCGGUCAGGCGAGACCAUGGAGUUUUCCUCAGGGCAGACACGCAUAGUUACUGGGUCAGGCGCGUUUGGUGACGGCAGCCUCAGAAGCGUCCGUAGCGGCGUCGGCAUCGAGGAUCUCGGGGUCCUUGCGAAUAUGGAACACAUUACAGACCUAUGGGGUCUCCGAGUUACCUGCCCUGAGCCAUUCUCGGAUACACUCCUGGUCUCCUUCGUCAACGAGUCAAGAGUCUUCCACUUCUCUCCCAACGGAGACGUAGAAGAGAAGGAGGAGUUUUUGGGCUUGAUAUUUUCUCAGAGCACAUUGCUCGCCGCCAACAUCCCCAAUAAUCGGAUGCUACAAGUCACUGAAAAUGUGGCUCAAGUCAUUGACUUGGACAGCGGAAUGGUGACCUGGACAUCAUCCCACGAGGUUGCCAUCACCUCAGCAUCUACAAAUGAUGAUUACCUUGUGCUGGUGUUGGGGGGAGUGGAGCUGAUAUGUGUCUCCCUUUUGACCUACGAGCAGGUAGGAAAGAAAAGCUUUGAAGCAGACAAUCAGGUCUCUGGCAUGACCAUCCCAGCAUCCCCUACCCAGGCUUGCAUAGUCUGCCUCCCACAGUCAGCCGAGAUUGUCAUCCUCGACCUCCCCAGCCUGGAAGUGCGGAAUAAGCAGACCCUAGGCGAGCCGGGCGAUGCUAUACCUCGCGCAGUCAUAGUGGCGGAGAUACUCUAUAACCAACCGCCGACCUUGCUUGUUUCCAUGGCGGAUGGGACCGUUUUUUCAUUCUGCUUCAAUGUAGAAGAUUUUACUAUUUCCAGCCCUAGCAAAACCACCCUUGGCUCUGAGCAGCCUUCGUUUAAGAAACUCCCCCGAGGCAACGGCCAGUUCAACGUUUUUGCAACCUGCGACCAUCCAAGUCUAAUAUACGCGUCAGAAGAUAGAAUCGUAUAUUCUGCGGUUGAUUCUGACAGUGCGAGCCGGAUAUGCAGCCUCAAUACCAGAGCGUACCCUCGCUCAAUCGCACUAUCCACCAAAAAUGAGCUGAAGAUUGCCAUCGUGGACGAGGAGCGUACCACCCAGAUCCACACGCUGCCAAUGCAUGCCACCGUGAGGAGGAUAGCUUACUCUUCCAUUGAGAAGGCAUUCGGGCUGGGAACAGUAAAGCGAACAAUUACCAACGGCGUCGAGUCAGUGAGCAGCGCGUUCAUUCUGGCCGAUGAAAUCUUGUUCCGGCCAUUGAGCACCUUUGAUCUCAACCCUGACGAGUUAAUUGAGAGCGUUAUCCAAUCUCAAUUUGCCGACGGCGAGGAUGAGGUUGGAAACGCACUAUACAAAGACCUGUUCUUUGUUGGAACUGCUUAUUUAGACGAUGUAGGGAACGAUAAUGUCCGUGGCCGCAUUCUAGUCUUUGAGGUGAACAAGUCCCGAGAGCUGUCCAAGCUGACUGAAAUGCCUGUCUCGGGGGCGUGUCGUGCUCUUGCUCUUAUGGAAAAUAACAUGCUGGUUGCUGCACUCGUCAAGACGGUCAUUGUCUGCAAAAUCAAACGUGACUCGUUCGGAGCUAUUACGUUGGUAAAAGGCGCCUCAUAUCGAACAUCCACGGCGCCCAUCGACAUAGCCGUGACGGAUAAUGUAAUUGCGGUAGCCGACCUGAUGAAGAGUGUUUCCCUUGUACAAUACAACAAAGCCGAGGACGCCGCACAGGAGGACGAGCUCGAAGAAAUGGCACGCCAUUACCAGACACUCUGGACUACAGCCGUUGCUCCGAUCGGGGAGGACGCCUACUUGGUAGGUGACGCGGAAGGGAAUCUGAUCGUUUUACAUAGGAACCUGAGCGGCGUUACGGCGGCAGAUAAAAAACGGCUGCAAGCUACUAGUGAAAUCCGACUGGGCGAGAUGGUCAAUCGAAUACACCCGGUAUCCGUUCAGGCAUUCCCCAACGCCGCAGUCACGGCACGAGCAAUGCUGGCAACGGUUGACGGGUCCAUCUACCUGUUUGGCAUGAUUAACCCGGACUUCGUAGAUCUGCUCAUGAGACUUCAGGCAGCCAUGGCCAGCAUCACAGUAAGCCCGGGGGAGAUACCGUUUACCAAGUACCGAGCAUUUAGAACUACUGUGCGCCAGUCUGAAGAACCCUUUAGGUUCGUGGAUGGAGAACUGAUCGAAAAGUUCCUCGCAUGCACGCCUGAUGUACAAGAAGACAUUGUCAGUCGGCUUGACGACACAAACGUCACCGUCGGCAGCUUAAAAGAGAUGAUUGAAGAGCUAAGGAGAAUGCAUUAG